UGAGUAAACAAACAUAUGGAGUAGGAAAAAUGUCUAUAAGAAAUAGUAAAAAAUUGAAAAAAUUACAACAUUUAGAAAACGUUAUCAGGGAGUUGAUAGAGACCGAGGAAAACUAUGUAAAAAAUCUUUCCAUUGUGGUGGAGUGCUAUUUGCAGGAGUUUCGCUCUCCUUAUCCCAGAGUGUCCAUACCGAGUGAUUUGCGAGAGCGCAAAGCCCAAUUUGUCUUUGUCAAUAUUGAGGAUAUCUAUUUCUGGCAUAAAGAAUCUUUCUAUAGGGCUCUUGUGAAACAUCGCCAAUCUCCAAAAGAAUUAGCCAAGGUUUUCCUCAAAUGUGAGUCACAGUUCCACAUGUAUGCCAAGUAUUUUAGCAACAAAGAUAAGUCGCAAUUUAUCGUCUCUGAAUAUGAGAGUUAUUUUGAUGCUGUUCGUAAACAUUUUAACCAGAAAUUGGAUCUAAACAAUUUUCUUUGUAUUCCGAUUCAAAGAUUGCCCCAGUACCAAUUGUUACUAAAAGAAAUGGCCAAGCCACUAAAGGAAAUGGAGGGAGAUUGGCAGCCCAUUUGUGAAGCUCAAAGCAUGAUUGCGAGAGUUUUGACUACUGUCAACGAUUUUACUGCCAUUCAGAGGAUUAAUAACUUUCAUGGUGAUAUUGCCGAUCAGGGAAAACUCGUAUAUCACAACUUUCUGACAUGCAAACACAAUGAGAAAAAGACUCGCUUUUAUGUCUUCCUCUUUACGCGAAUUAUAAUAUUCACGAAAAAGAUUAACCCAAAGGGAAAAUACAGUAGUGCCACCUAUAAUUAUAAACUGGAGAUACCGAUGAACAAAGUAACCAUUAAAGAGUUGCAUAGCAAAUGUUUUUCGAUGAUUUACACAGAACGCAAUAUCGAAGUAAUGAAUCUGAUUUGUUUUGGAGAGAACCAGACCAUUCAUAAAUUAUGGAUGCAGAAAAUAAACGAACAAAUAAGAAUGCAGAGGGAGCUGAUAGCCGAUUUGGUAAAUCCUUUGACGGAAUGCGAAAGAGAGGUGGUAUAGGUUAAAAAAUAUUUUUUUUUUGAAAUAUUAUUGUUUUUGUUAUAGUUAUUUGAUCAACUUUACA